CGCUCCGCCCCACGUUGUGUAAACGGGCCCGGAGCAGCCGCUGCAGCCGGCCGGGAAGCGGGUCUCCGGGGCCCCGGAGCCGCCGCACAGAUAGUUUCACGCCAACAAGCUGCUGCUGGGAAGGUUGGCUGGAGUCGGCUCCUCUGCAGCUGCCUGGUGUGGCUGCUGGAGACUGCAUGGUGUGUCGGGGCUGUGCCCGCCCCAUAGGACGGCAGCGAGCAUGUCUCAGAAGAGCAGGAACCGGCGGGCACAUGGCAGGGAGGACACCACGGCCAGUCCUGCUGGCUGUGGGGAUACAGCGAGGACUAGAACUGCUGCGGUGUCCCAUAGUCAGCUGAAAGGCAAACGGAAGGUCCUGGCAGAGCCCAGUGGGGCAGAGGCGUUGACCGUGGCUAAGAGGAGGAGGAAGGAAGGGGAGGCGGUGGAGGGGGGAGGAGCUGGGAGCCUGGGGGAAGCCGUGUGGCAGGCGCGGCUGCGGGUUGCCCCCUCUGUGCAGGAGUUCAAGUACAACAAGAAGCGAGUGCGCCUGGUCUCAGAGAGCUCCGACCUCAAGGAUGCCGCCAAGGGCGUUGUGUACUGGAUGUCUCGAGACCAGAGGGUGCAAGAUAACUGGGCUUUCCUGUACGCCCAGCGCCUGGCCCUGAAACAGCAGCUCCCUCUGCAUGUCUGCUUCUGCCUGGUGCCCAAGUUCCUGGAGGCCACCAUCCGUCACUUCGGCUUCAUGCUGAAAGGCCUGCAGGAAGUGGCCGAGGAGUGCCAGGAGCUGGACAUCCCCUUCCACCUGCUCAUCGGCUUUGCCAAGGAUGUGCUGCCUGCCUUCGUGACGGACCGUGGCCUCGGCGGAGUGGUGACAGACUUCUCCCCGCUCCGUGUCCCCAUGCAGUGGGUGGAAGAUGUCAAAGAGAGGCUCCCGGGAGAUGUGCCGUUUGUACAGGUUGAUGCUCACAACAUCGUCCCGUGCUGGGUUACCUCAGACAAGCAGGAGUACGGAGCCAGGACAAUUCGACGGAAGAUCCACGAUCGGCUCCCCGAGUUCCUCACGGAAUUCCCUCCCGUCAUCAAGCACCCGUUCCCGCCCACAGCCCCGGCAGAGCCCAUAGACUGGAGCGCCUGCCGCGCCAGCCUGCAGGUGGACUGCUCGGUGAAGGAGGUGAGGUGGGCGACGCCAGGGACAGCCGCGGGGCUGGCCAUGCUGGAGUCGUUCAUAGGUGAGCGGCUGAAAUCCUUCGGUACCGACCGGAACAACCCGACCAGGGCAGCGCUCAGCAACCUCUCGCCGUGGUUCCACUUUGGCCAGGUCUCCGUCCAGCGGGCCAUCCUGGAGGUGCAGAAAUACCGCAGUCGGUACAAGGAGUCGGUGGAUGGGUUCACCGAGGAGGCCGUGGUCCGGAGGGAGCUGGCCGACAACUUCUGCUAUUACAACAGAAACUACGACAAGGUGGAAGGUGCGUACGACUGGGCCAAAACCACCCUGAAGCUCCACGCCCAAGACAAGAGGUCUCACCUCUACGAGCUGAAGCAGCUGGAGGAGGGGAAGACGCACGACCCGCUCUGGAACGCUGCCCAGCUCCAGAUGGUUCACGAGGGGAAGAUGCACGGGUUCCUACGCAUGUACUGGGCCAAGAAAAUCCUGGAGUGGACCCGCUCCCCCGAAGAGGCCCUGAAGUUCGCCAUCUACCUCAACGAUCGCUAUGAGCUGGACGGCCGGGAUCCCAACGGCUACGUAGGCUGCAUGUGGUCCAUCUGCGGGAUCCACGACCAGGGCUGGGCCGAGCGGGCCGUGUUUGGGAAGAUCCGCUACAUGAACUACGCCGGCUGCAAGAGGAAAUUCGACGUGGGGCAGUUUGAGCGCAGAUACGAUCCCCGCAAACUGGGCCAGUAGCCCUGCCGGGGGCAACUCCUGCUGAAAGCAGGAUGGCUGGUGCUUGUGGGGGGUGGGGGGGUUCUCUGCUGGGCCUUCCAACGUUUGCAUUUCCCCUAAAUACCAUUGAAACCCCUGAGCCUCUGAGACGAGAGCCAGCAGGGACUCUGCUGCCCUUGCCAGGGUGCUGCUCAACCUCUUCCCUACAGGCCUCCAAGGCAGUGGUUUGGGCAUCAUGCCGGGAGCUGGGGCAGCCAGCCCAAGGUUUUCCCGGGAUGCCCACAGUUUUCUCUGGCACAGCCCCAGAUGUGCCACCUCCCCCUACUAGCCGGGGACAGCUCAGCAAUUAUGGCAGCUAUAAAAGCUAUUUGAUAUUUCGAGGGGGGACAGGUUCGCCAACCACCCCAACUGCUGGGGGAGGAGAGACACUGUGCCUUUUCCAGUCUAGCCCUUGCAUGCAGCAGGUAGACAGGCCUGGCUCUUAGAGCUGUGGGAUGGAAAACAGCAGCAUUUCGCACGCUGGGCUUGUAGCUUAGCACUUCCGAACUGACUGCGUCUAGAACGAGCUGCUGGCUGACAGAGGCAGGGGGAUCUCGGAGCAAAUCCACCGCUGCUGGCAGGGUCUCAGAUGGGAGCUCCCUGGCAAAACACACUGACUUCAACGGGCUGCCUUACCUCUAGGGGCUUUCCUGCCCCACCACAUGCAGACAUGGAGGCUUGUCUUAUCCCAGGCAGCAAGCAAGUAGGGUUUUCAGAGUGACUGUUAAAAGCCCAGUGACUUGCAGCAGGGUCUGUCUCGUAAACCUUACCACACCCAGCCCUGGUGUCUGUGUCAUUCCUGCAGCAGUCAGCAGAGUUUCGAUGGGAUCAGAGGAAGACAAGAACUGGGGCUGCCCAGCCCUUGCCCUAAAGCUUAGCAAGCAGCAGCUCAGCUCAGCGCGACGGUCCACCAGCCUGGGGCUGCUCUGACUGCCCGAGAUGCUCUAGGGAAGGGGAUAGUCGGGCACCGCUGGCUACCCCCAGCCGUUAGUGCUGCACGAGGCCGUGAAACACAGAGGCCUAGACGCGGUCAGACCAGCACACGUUUGUUCACAGGCGUCGAGGUUGUGGCGUGUUACUACGCGCUCUGCUUCGGUCCCGUUUUCAGAGCUCGCACCGUUACAAACGCAGGUCUUUGCAUGUGUGCGUCUACCCUGCCGUAGCGUUUCCCCCAUCAGUGCUAACAUUACCCAGAACACUAGGGGGCGCUCUUGGGUCAAAGGUAAAGCCAAGAACAUACCUAUACAGCCGACCCUGAACCGCACAGCAUCGGGCCAGGGGUUUAAUCCCACUGGAAUAUUGACUUGCAGGUAAAUUAGAACAUCUCUUCCUGCAUCGCUUGGCUUUCUGGGCUGGUCACCCACCACAUCGUAACCAGGCCUGAUCCUGCUUAAUAACACACCUACAAGUUGAACCUCUCUAAUCCGGCACUCCCUGGUCCGGCAACAUCCGUAGUCUGGCACAGGGGCUGGAGCACCCCUGGGGAAAAAUUAGUGGGUGUGGAGCAUCCGCUGGCACCAAGCUUCCCCCUCUGCCCCCCUCCUCCCUCCCACGCCUCUGUAGUCCCAGCCUCGGGUAGUGAGGGGCAUGGACAGGGGUAAGGCUGGGACCAUAGCUGGGGGUGGCUGUGGAACCCGGAGUGAAGCCCCAUAGCCAGGACCCUGGGUUGGCAGCAGGGGGGCUGGUGACCAGGACCCUGGACGAGGGGCUGGCGACCAGGACCUGGUGCCAGCAUCGGAGCCCCUGGGUGGGGGGCCAGCAGCCAAGAGCCUGGGUGGCAGUGGGAUCCCCGGGCAGGGGGCCAUGCUGGGCGCAAAGCCUGGGGGUGCUGCAACACCCUCUGCACCCCUACUUCCCCCGCCUAUGGAGACCCGCUGGCACUCUGCAUUGACCUCCCGUGCUUUGGCAAAUUCUCUGGUUCGGCACCCGUCAGGUCCUGAGGGUGCCAGACCAGAGAGGUUCAGCCUGUAGAUCCCUGGUUUCCAGCAGCAAGUUGGCCUCGGUUUUUUUUUUUACUUGUCCAUCACUGUGUUUUUAAAUGAAAGGAACACAAACAGCAGGUGAGCGGCACUCUGGGGAAGUCAGCACUGGUGCUUUCCUGGCUCUUAUGAGCAAGAUCUUUGUACUUCUUUCUUUCAGCCAGCUUUAAUAAACUCCAAUACAGCUGAGGUCAAGCAA